AUGGACCCCACUUUCUACCGCACUGCAGCUGAGGCAAUCGCUGCGCCUCCCGAAGAAUUGGCAUAUGUGGUGGCCUUUGACAGAAAAGGUCAGAAACAUGAUGCGUUGACCGUCAUUGAUUUGAAACCUGGGACAACCUACGGACAGAUUGUUGGCUGGACCGAUGUUCCAGGGCUAGGAGACGAAUUGCACCAUUUCGGGUGGAAUGCGUGCUCCGCUGCCCUCAAACACGAGGGACACAACAUGGACGGCUUGCAACGACGUUACCUGCUUGUUCCUGGCUUGCGCUCCUCGAACAUAUAUGUCUUCGAUAUCGGCCCUAACCCUCGCUCACCGAAGCUCAUCAAAACGAUUGACGGGAAGACAUUGUCGGAUAAAGCUGGUUAUUCUCGUCCACAUACAUUGCAUUGCGGGCCGGACGGCGUGUUCUUGACGUGUCUCGGGGGCCCGGAGGGUAAUCCUGACGGACCGGGCGGCAUUGCUCUCCUUGACCACCAAACUUUCGACGUCUUGCGUGCUUGGGAAAGUGAUCGCGGUCCGCAACACUUCCACUAUGACGCGUGGUGGCACUUGAACAAGAAUGUCCUUAUUUCAAGUGAAUGGGGAAGCCCGUCAAUGAUCGAGAACGGCAUUGUUCCCGAACUGUUGUUGGGAAACAAGUAUGGCCAUGCCAUUCAUUUCUGGCAUCUUGCUGGGGGGAAGCACCAUCAACGUGUUGACCUAGGUGAAGAACACCAAAUGGCACUCGAAGUCCGACCAUCGCAUGAUCCAGAAGCGACAUGGGGGUUUGUCGGGGUCGUGAUUUCAACAAAGGACUUGUCUGGUUCCAUUUUCCGAUGGUUCCAGGACGGUGACGAGUGGAAGGCAGAAAAGGUCAUCACCAUUCCAGCGGAGCCUGCCGACGAAGAAUCAUUACCCCCGAUCCUCAAGCCGUUCAAAGCCGUCCCGCCGCUGAUCACAGACAUUGACCUGUCAGUCGAUGACAAGUUCCUCUAUGUUGCCUGCUGGGGGACGGGAGAAAUGAAGCAAUAUGACGUUUCUGACCCAGCGCAUCCAGUUCAAGUGGGCUCUGUGAAGUUGGGGGGUAUUGUGAAGAGGGCGGCGCACCCGGCGAAGCCCGACAUGCCUCUGGCGGGUGGACCUCAAAUGGUCGAGGUGUCCAGAUCGGGAAGAAGUAUAUAUUUCACCAACUCCCUUUACGGGGCUUGGGAUGACCAGUUCUACCCCGAUGGUGUCGGCGCUUGGAUGGCCAAAGCAGACGUCGAUCCCAACGGCGGCCUCGAGAUAGACGAGUCCUUCUUCCCUCAGGGUCCUGACUUUAGGGGUUUGCGUGUGCAUCAGAUUCGCCUUCAAGGUGGAGACGCGUCUUCGGAUUCAUAUUGCUAUCCGAGUAAAGUGGGCAAAUUGUGA